UAAUCAUCGUUCACUAGGCGCCACCAUUUUGUGCGAGAGCGCCGGUGUGUGGCAACGGAGCGCUGAUAGGAGCUGAAAGCAAGACGAACCUGUGUCCUGCGCCGUGUCUUCUACCGAAAGGAGUCUUUAACAUAUCGAUACAAAUAUCGACCGUUCACACCUGUUUGUGUGACCAAGAUAAUUCAGUAUUUGCGAAGUUUCAGUGAAGAGCGCUCGCACCGCAAGCGACCAAAAAUGUCGGAGGACCUGUUAAGCGCGGACGACCCGACGAUGAAGAUGGAGGAAGACGGAGAGGGGAGCGCUGAAGAUACAGCUGCUUGUGGGGAUGGGGGGCCGGGAGAGGCCGAAGGCUCUAAGAUAGAUGCAAGUAAAAAUGAGGAAGACGAAGGGAAAAUGUUCAUUGGAGGGUUGAGCUGGGACACAACAAAGAAGGACUUGAAAGAUUACUUUUCCAAGUUUGGGGAGGUUGUAGACUGCACUUUAAAGCUGGAUCCUAUGACAGGCCGGUCCAGAGGCUUUGGCUUCGUGCUGUUCAAAGAUGCUGAAAGUGUGGAAAAGGUCAUUCAACAGAAAGAACACAAACUUAAUGGUAAAGUGAUUGACCCCAAAAAAGCAAAAGCCAUGAAGUCCAAAGAGCCUGUGAAGAAGAUCUUUGUUGGUGGCCUUUCACCAGAUACUCCUGAGGAGAAGAUCAGAGAGUACUUUGAUGCUUUUGGAGAGGUGGAGUCUAUUGAGUUGCCAAUGGAAAACAAAACAAAUAAAAGGCGAGGUUUCUGUUUCAUCACCUUCAAAGAGGAGGAACCAGUAAAGAAGAUCAUGGAAAAGAAGUACCAUAACAUUGGCCUAAGCAAGUGUGAAAUCAAGGUAGCCAUGUCAAAGGAGCAGUACCAGCAGCAGCAGUGGGGUGGCAGAGGCGGCUACCCUUCUAGAUCUCGAGGGAGAGGAGGGCCUAAUCAGAAUUGGAACCAGGCUUACGGAAAUUAUUGGAAUCAAGGUUAUGGAAAUUAUGGAAACUACGGCUACAACAAUCAAGGCUAUGGUGGAUACGGGGGCUAUGAUUACUCGGGUUACAACAACUACUACGGAUAUGGUGACUACAGCAACCAGCAGAGUGGUUACGGCAAAUCUCCAAGGCGAGGUGGCCAUCAAAACAGUUACAAGCCAUACUAGUACAUAAACUACAAAAAGUAGAUACAGCGGGGACUUCCUUGCAGGCCAUGAGCUGACUUCCCGAUUCUCUCAGGCCCGCUCAAUGCGGACAGGGUACGAGAGGCGUACGCUCUCGAAUGCUCCCAUUUGGUAUGGUCUUCCAACAUCCUGUAUAUGGUCCUCUAUAUUUGUCAAACAAAAAAAAGACAGAAAGAAAAAAAAAAACGGAUACUUCCAGCUUUUAUCUCCAGCUUUGUUGUGUUCUUUUUUAAACUUCAUUGGAUUUGUUUUAUGUAAUACAAUCUAUUUCUGUAAUUUUAUAAUGGCAUUUUUUACAGGCACCUCAAGUAAUGGUUAAAUACGACAACAGUUUUAAAAAAUAAUAACUGUUUACUUUUCAAAGGAUACAGCCUUCUCUGGACUUUCCAGUGUUUAAUAUUAUGCACUUCUAAUCUUACCUGUAAUGCUUGCUUUUCCUUAUUUAUAGCUCGUGUAGCAGUAAUAGCCAGUAGUCCAUGAGCUAAAACCUGGUUUGUACUUGGACACCACUACGUCGGAGAAGUGCUUAAUUUUCAUAUUUGUAUUGUGUGUUGUUCUACUGACAGCGGUGGAAAAGGUUCACUUGUAAACAAUGUUAAUUCUAACAAAUCUAACAAAUUCUCUUUUUUUAACUGUUGCAAAACUUGGAAAAAGUGUAUGUCACCAGAAAUUUGCAUGCAAUGUUUCUUUUAUUGUAAACAGUUGAAGACUUUAAUAUGUGUAUGGGCUUAAUCUUAUCAAUUAAGCUUACUUCAAGAUUUCUAGACUAUUGUACCUUAUUCAAAGUAUGAAGUAUGUUUUUCUCUUCAUAAUGAAAUACUUUAGAAUUGGGAGUUCUUGUACAUUUUAGAGGACAUCUCCUUCUUGUGUGCUUGUGAGAAAUUGAUUCAUAUUUUUCUUUCCUGUCUUUCAGGUGGCAGUGUGGUUCGGAGGUAACAUCAGAAGAGAAUACCAUUGAGUCAAGGCAAUUGUUUAUUAUGGAGUGUUAAUAAAAGGACAAAAAGAGAGAGUCUUCAUUUCAACUACAGCUACUGUCCAUGUACAGUAGAGCUUGUCUUUGCCAGAUGAUUGAUGAAGGUGGAUAUUCUGAUCAACAUUGAACUCACCCUAAGACACAGUGUAACACCCUUUGCCCCAGUCAAAACCUUUCACGUUUUGUGUUGAAUUUAUAUGUUUACUACCGUUAAAGUUUGUAGUUAUAAUUUAGCCGAAUCCUCUCUUGUGCCAGUGUUGUGCUUCAGCUUCAUGAAAUCAUUUGUAAUUUUCUAUAAUGAGUAUUUAUUAGUUAAAAGUAGGAAAGAGUACAAAUGUUAGCCAUUUAAUAUUCAUUUCCUAUAGGCCUAGCAAGGUUUUUGCUACAAAAUCACAUAAACCUUUGAAAGAUGCAAUGGAUGAAAUAAAGUGUAUAAACUCUG